AUGCUUACGGAGAGAUGCCUGGGAUUGCUCUACUGUGGCUUGUAUCUCUGGGCAUCUUUGUUUCUCUCUUUUUUGCAAGUCUCCCAGCAAGGUGUAAACCAAAGACGGCUGUAUCGAGAAUUACUGAAAAAUUACAAUCGAUUGGAACGGCCUGUUGUGAAUGACUCACAACCUCUUGUAGUAGAACUCCAACUUUCGUUGCUGCAGAUAAUAGAUGUGGAUGAAAAGAACCAGGUCUUGAUAACAAAUGCAUGGUUACAGAUGUACUGGGUCGAUGCAUAUUUGUCAUGGGAUCAGUAUGAAUAUCCAGGAGUUCAGAAUUUGAGAUUUCCAGCUGAUCAGAUUUGGGUGCCAGAUAUUCUUCUGUACAACAGUGCAGAUGAAAGAUUUGAUGCAACAUUUCAUACAAAUGUUUUGGUAAACUAUUCGGGAUCAUGUCAGUAUAUACCUCCAGGCAUCUUGAAAAGCACAUGUUACAUUGAUGUCCGCUGGUUUCCUUUUGAUGUGCAGAAAUGCAAUUUGAAAUUUGGUUCAUGGACACACAAUGGUUGGCUGCUUGAUCUGCAAAUGCUCGAAGCUGAUGUUUCUAACUAUAUAUCAAAUGGUGAAUGGGAUUUAGUAGGUGUCCCAGGCAAAAGGAAUGAGCUGUACUAUGAGUGUUGCAAAGAGCCAUAUCCAGAUGUGACUUACACUGUUACAAUGCGCCGUCGCACCCUUUACUAUGGGUUGAACUUACUGAUUCCCUGCGUCCUUAUAUCAGGCUUAGCAUUGCUUGUUUUCUUACUUCCAGCUGACUCUGGAGAGAAAAUAUCUUUGGGUAUAACUGUUCUUCUGUCCUUGACGGUUUUUAUGCUCCUUGUAGCAGAAAUAAUGCCUGCCACAUCAGAUUCAGUUCCCUUAAUAGCUCAGUAUUUUGCAAGCAUCAUGGUCAUUGUUGGUUUAUCUGUAGUAGUAACAGUCUUGGUGCUUCAGUUUCAUCAUCAUGACCCUCAAGCAGGAAAGAUGCCCCAGUGGGUCCGUAUCGUCUUGCUGAACUGGUGUGCUUGGUUUCUCAGAAUGAAAAAACCAGGGGAAAACAUCAGGCCUCUCUCUUGCAGAUACGGCCACUCAAGGCACCAGUCCAGUGUCAGCAGUGUAGAAAUGAACAUCUUACCAGGACAUCAUUCAAGCAAUGGCAACAUGAUUUACAGCUAUCAUGCCAUGGAAAACCCCUGCUGCCCACAGAUUAAUGAGAUAGACACCAAGGGAGGAAAGGACCAGAGCUCUUCGCCUGAAGAUAACGACAGCACUCAGAGAAAAGUUUUAAUGGACACUAUCCCAGUGAUUGUGAAAAUCCUGGAGGAAGUUCAGUUCAUUGCGGCCCGUUUCCGGAAACAGGAUGAAGGGGAAGAGGUCUGCAGUGAAUGGAAGUUUGCAGCUGCUGUCAUAGACAGAUUAUGCCUUGUGGCAUUUUCACUUUUUGCCAUCAUCUGCACACUUACAAUUCUCAUGUCCGCUCCAAAUUUUAUUGAAGCUGUUACAAAAGAUUUUACAUAA